AUGGAAGAGUCGGUGUUGUUGGAUCUCCUCGAGUGUCCCGUGUGUCUCGAGCGUCUGGACGCCACGGCCAAAGUUCUGCCGUGUCAACACACCUUCUGCCGCCGCUGCCUGCAAAGCAUUCUGGGAUCUCGUGGAGAGUUGAGAUGUCCUGAGUGCAGAACGCUGGUGGAGAGCGGCGUGGACGAGCUGCCCUCCAACAUCCUGCUGGUGAGGUUGCUGGACGGCAUCAAGCAGAGGCCGAGGGGCGGGGCCUCUGCAGCGAGGGGCGGGGGGCAGAGCCCUCAACAGGGGGUCCAACCCUCUGGAGCGAGGGGGGGGAGCCAGACCACUCAGCAGGGGGUCCAACAACCGCAGAGGAACGCCACCAAGAACCCCCUCGUACGGUUCCUUUAUAGCCCAACAUUAGCCNGGCUGCUGGGGGCCAUCUGCCUCUCCAUGUCCCUGCACUUCCUCAUCCUCUACGUGGAGCCACUUCCUGUCAUCUUCCAGAUCACGCCUCUGGACACCACCCAGUGGAUGAUGGUGCUGAAGAUCUCUCUCCCCGUCAUCCUAUUGGACGAGGUGUUGAAGUUCGUUGCCAGGAACUUUCUGGACUUCGGUAACGAGCGCACGGAGAAGCCAACCCCCCGCUCCGGCUGCUCCCUCGCAUGUUUGGAGGGGAUCUCGUGGUCUUUUGUGUUCGUGUCUCUGCCGCUGGUUCUGUGGAUCUACAGCUUCGACACUAACGUGACCGCCAUGCUGUGGCCCUGACUCACUCCACUACCCCCCUCCCCCUGAGCACAGUGUGACGUGGACAUUAACACACACAUCUAACACACAUUACAUUAUAGAGCCUUUUGUAUUUAGGACAUUCUCACCGAUACAUGUUUCUGGGCGGGGCGGGGUCAUAUUUAACGACUGGUAUUUUAUUUAGGGCUGGGCAAUCUAAAAAUCUAAUAUCACGCAGAGAGAAGAGGAGAAAAGAAAUGUAUGAUAAAUGUUGAUUUAUUUAUUCGUUUUCCAGUGGUGCUGCACUCUAGGGGCCGAAAUGGGUAUAACAACAACACAAAUAAUAUUGCCUUAAAAAAAACAUACAAUUUAAACAGAUAACAGAAAUAAAAAUGUAUUUAGAAAAAAGGUUACAGCUAAACCAGCCUCCUCUACUAAUUAGCAUAUCAAAAUUGUGGCUGUAAAAAAAAAGAAUACCAAUUUUAAAAGUUUAAAAGAUAAUAGAAAGAAAUUAAAUUUAGAAACUUUUUUAUUUACCAGUUUUUCAGGAAAAGAUUGCCUGAGAAAAAACUAUUUUAACAAUAAAUAAAUAUUUAAAAAUACUUACUAGCAAAAUUUUUUUUUUAAUGAAAAAUAAAUAAACGUAAAAAAGGUUUUGCAAAACUCUUGGAUUUAAAUAAAAAAUCUGACUUAUUUUUCACCAGGUUUUGAUAUGGUGAUGAUAUCGUUGGGUUGACUAACGGUACUUUCACAAUUAUAUUGACCAAGUAGGUAAAGAUGAAUAAUAUUACUACAAAUUGACAUCACUUUACUGUAAAGCCGUCUUUAAAACCAGGAAAAACCCCUUAAAAUGAUCCAAUAUCCACAUUUUCAGACAGCAUUGUGAUCAUGAUAUAAUAUGUAUUUAUUGCCCAGCCCUAACUUUAUUUCACCGUCACGCUUCACUUUAAAAGAAAGCCCACCGUGUCGGAGCUGUGUCGAGCUGUACAGAGAAUUUACACUAUUUUAUGAUAAUUAAUAUUUUGUAAUGUUUUGGGAGGGGUUUUUGGGGACAUGAAUGCUGGGUGUGAAGACGAUGUAAAGGACGGUAUAAUUCUAGUUUUUUGGGGCGAAGACGUGAGUGUCUUUCGCCCCGCCGUUAAUCUAUUUUGAGCUCCGUGCGUCGCAGCUACCUCAACGCUGUCAUCAUUAAAACCAUCUGUCUUAACAAUCAUUUCAUAAAAAUAUCAUUCAAAGUGUUGAGGUAAGCGCCGAUUAGUUUUUGCAGCCCUCGAACAUUAUUUUUUAAAAGUAUAUAUAUUUCCUUUCUGUCGGAGGAUAAAGAUAUGUUACCAGUUUGAUUCUUUUUUGAUAAAGUUGUUAAAUUUGUUUACUUGAAGAAAAACCUUCGUCUUAAUUUUUUUUUUUGCAUUUUAAUUCAUCUUAAUAAUGUAUAAUGUGCACAUACUGUACUUGAAUAUGUAAAAAGGCACCAAGAAGCUGUUAGUCUUAUCAACUGAGCACAACAUGGAGGAGUCUGUAAAUCUGUACAUAGCACACAAAGUAGAAUCUCUGUAUAGAUUUUGUUGUUGAAAUGCUUCAUACUUUACAUGGUUUUAUUCAGCGUGUCUUACUCUACCUGCAUGCCUGCUCCAAUAACUCCAGGCCAGUGAGGUGUUUUUUUUUUUAGUCUUAAAGAUAACUGUUGUUUCUUCCAAUGCCUUCCACCUGUUAACCUGCAGAGUGAGUACACUUUGAGCUGCAUGCUAACACACUCAGCUUUACCUGCUGUCUGACUGUGGAAAGAGGGAAAAGCGUUUUUUCUGCACUGUGUCUAAGACUUACGAACAGGGGAAAAAAAGGUUUUGCGAGGAUAAUAUUCCAAAUUGUAAUAGUUUUUUUGUCAUUUGUGACACUGGUAAUGUUUUUUUAGCCACAUUUUGCCAGGAUUAUUAUUAAGACGUUCUAAGUUUUUUUUAUUUUUCAGGAUAUUUUUACAUUUCAUUUGUGAAAUUUGAAUUUAUUUGGUCAUUUUAUUUUAUUUUUGCCAGGUUUAUAAGUUUGUCCAAGUCUUAAUGUAUUUGUCAAGUACAUUUGAUAUGUAUUACACUUUUUUUAAUCCAACAAAACAGCAGUUUUGUUGCAGGCUGUUUGUUGCUGUAAUACUCAUUUAAACCACCAGGGUUCACCAAAUCCCAUGCAAUAAAAAAAAAAUUGCAACUUUUAAAAAACUUAUCAUAGAUGAAAAUAAGAAUAACUUAAACAACAUCCUUGCAAAACGCUUCUUUGUAUCCUCUAAAAUUAUUAUUUUUUACCCAAUUUUAAAUAAAGGCACUUGAACACAGUGGAAAAAACACUUAUCAUAAAAAGCAAAACCCUCUCUUGCCUCUCAGGCUUCCGUACAUUGCUCACACUAAAGCAGCAGCAAUGACAGCUUCUCAUGUUUUGAUUGGACUAGCAGUUUUUUUGUUAUUAAACACUUUUUAACGGUACAAGAGGCCUUCAAAGUGCCAGGUACACUGGGUGGAAAUAAGCGGCAGAGUGCUGGUUAUUUCUGACACCAUCACAGGACAUGGUGUUGAUGUUUAUUUUAUUUAUACAUGUCUUUUUUUAAUCUCAUUUGUCUUUUUGACUUAAUCUCCUGCAUGGCCUUAAUAUGUUUUUAUUAAAACAAGUACUGAUGAAUUGAACUGAUUUGCUGCUCGGAUGCUUCGGCCUGUGUUUCUUGUCUCCACUGAUUUUCUUCUUCCUCUCUUCUUCUUCUUCCUCUUCCUCCACAGCAAAGGCCAAGUAAGCCCACCUCGACUCUAAAUGCCUCGCAGAAUCCUUGUUUUCUUUUGUGUUGUGCAUGUGUGUUUUGGGCAGCACAUCUUACAAAGAGCUGCAUGUCAGUAAAAUAAUCUGAAGACAAAGAAGCUCAGAAAAGUUUAAUUUUGUAGAGAAGUUCCUUCAUCCUCCUGCAUGCAGAGCCUCAGAUGAUCAUCUUUGUUAAACGAAUAUCUUAGUACCGUGUACAGAAACGUGUAUUAUUCCACGGUGCAUGCUCGCUCUGCAGACAUCUGUUCCUCCACUCUGUGUGAUCGUCAAUGUAUAGUAUUGGUAAAUAGUACAAAUGUUAAAUAAGCUCAAAAUUCAUCUUUCCUAAGGAAAUACUUUUAUGGAAUAUUUCAACAUAAAACAUCCUCUUUUCUGUUUUCUUUGCACUGAGACGUGCGACGUGUUUGAGUCGUGUUAACGGCAGGCAGUCCUUUUACUGCUGUACUGUAUUUACAGAGAUGAUUGUAUCACAUGAACUUUGGUUUCAGGUAAAUAAAACUGUCAUACAUGAAGAGUUUA